AUGCAGGUAGAGGUUACUUGUCCGGUAAACAUAGCUUUGCUCAAGUAUUGGGGUAAAAGCGAUGAUUUGAACAUAUAUCCGUCCACCUCUUCGAUAAGUCUUACCUUAAACCAGGCUCAUGUCGGAACUAAAACUGCAGUGUUUACAAAGAGUGACCUGAAAGAGUCACUGUUCAAACUUAACGGGAAGAUCAUGCGAUUUCCAGGCAGGCUUUUAGAUGUAUUAAUAGUUGCACAGUUGCGUUCUAGACUAGAUGGAAGGUUGGUCCCUUCACCUUUUUUGUGUGUGGAGUCUGAAAAUAAUUUUCCGACGUCUGCAGGGCUGGCAUCUAGUGCAUCUGGAACUGCAGCGUUCGCAUUUGCAUUAGGCAUGAUGUAUGGUUUGGACGGUGACUGCGCUUCUCUUUCACGGCGUGGUUCUGGAUCAUCAUGCCGGAGCUUACUAGGAGGGUUUGUACAAUGGUCUAACAACCAUGAUGAUCACACUUCUGUCCAACAACUGUUUCCUGCAUCAUAUUGGCCAGAACUUAGAGUUCUUAUAUGCGUUACUAAUGAAAACCCUAAACCUGUUGGCUCGACUGAUGCAAUGCUUUGCUGCGUAAAAACCAGUUAUUUGUUUCGAAAUAGCCGUGUACCAUCUUCUAAAAUACAUGAAAAAGAGAUUAUUUCAGCCUUAAAAGAUCGUGACUUCUCUGCAUUAGCAGAAGUGACUAUGCGUGAAAGUAACCAACUUCACGCUUUAUGCCUUGAUACCUGGCCACCUUGUAUUUACCUUAAUGAAUUAAGCCAUUCCAUAAUGGAUUUUGUUCACAGCAUAAACAAUUACUUUAUGAAAAAUGUGGUUGCAUACACGUUCGACGCUGGUCCAAAUGCCUUUUUACUGACUGAAUCACAAAACAUUUCUGUUGUAUUGAAAUAUCUUGUCGAAUGUUUUGGUUAUACUGUGGAAGCCGAUAGCUUCGUUAAUGAUGCGGAUAAAAUUACCAUCAAAUGUAUGAAUUCAAAUAAGUAUUUAAAAAUCACUGGGAUUACGUACGAUUUGUCAGAUGAACCGUUAGAUCAGAAUCUCCUAAAAUUAUUGCCCUCUAUAUCUGGCGGUAUCAGACACUUAAUCAGCACUGAAGUUGGCAGUGGUCCACAGCUUAUAUCAUUCAUUCAUUGA